CUAAAAACCAUGAAGGUACUUGUGGUAUUUGCACUAGCUGUGUUUACAGUUUGCCAAGCCAACCUAUUUCAUGCUGAUGAGCCCAAGCCACAGCUGGAGCAGCUGACUGAUGCAUUCUGGAACUAUGUUGCCAAGGCAACACACACUGCAGAGGAAACCGUCCAGAUGAUCAGAACCUCCCAACUGGGCCAGGAAGUCAAUGCUCGACUAACACAGAGUGCUGACGUGGCCAGCGAAUAUGCCGUCACACUCAAAAACCAGAUGAACCCUCUGGCUGAAGAGCUGAUGACCAAAAUCACUAAGGAGGCUGAAGUGUUGAGGGAGCGUUUGGAGAAGGACCUGACCACAGUGAAAGACCAAAUGGAGCCCUAUGCUGAGAAUCUCAAGCGCCAAAUUCAGCAGAGAGUGGAGGACCUCAGAGCAGCCAUGGCUCCAUAUGCAGAGUCCCUGGAUUCUGAGACCCUGAAGGCCACUCUGCUCCAAAAAAGUGAGGAGCUGAGAGGGAGCCUGGAGCAGAGCGUGAAGGAGCUGCAGGCUCAACUGGAGCCCUACACUGCUGAAAUCAAAGAGAAGGUGGACCAGCGUCUGCAGGAGUUCCAGAAGACUGUGACCCCACUGACUGAGGAUCUCCAGGCCCAAAUUGCAGAGAGAGCCCAGUUUGUCCAGCAGAGUCUCUCACCCUAUGCUGAAGACCUGAAGGAAAAGCUGGACCCCUAUGCCCAGAACCUGAAGGACCAGCUCACCUCCCUCUAUGAGUCUUUCAUCAAGACCAACUAAUGCUUCAAAGACUUAUUCUUUUGUCACUAAUAUAACUAUUGUGUCAUGACUGAGAAUUAUGACUUCCAAAUCUGGCAUAUCCAUCUAAUCCUCCAUAUAUCUGUACAAUAUUUUUUAUGUAUUAUCCAUUCUUAUACACAA